GCAACGGUCGAGAGCGCGUGCGUUGCGCAGGCCGGGCUGCCGCCGCCGGGGCGCAUGCGCCGAGGCCGGAAGAUGAAGGUGGCGGUGGCCGGCUGCUGCCAUGGCGCGCUUGACAAGAUGUACGAGACGCUCCAUUUGCUGGAGCAGCGCCACGGCCAGGCGGCGCCGGAUCUGCUCCUGUGCGCCGGGGACUUCCAGGCCGUGCGCAACGCGGCGGACCUGCGCUGCAUGGCGGUGCCGGCCAAGUACCGCUGCUUGGGGGGCUUCGCGAGGUAUUAUUCUGGAGAGAAGAAGGCUCCUGUCCUGACCAUCUUUAUUGGGGGCAACCACGAAGCCUCCAAUCACUUGCAAGAGCUACCAUAUGGCGGAUGGGUAGCACCAAACAUCUACUACCUUGGUUAUGCUGGAGUGGUAAAGUAUCGCGGGGUGAGAAUUGGUGGACUCUCUGGCAUCUUCAAAUCUCAUGAUUACAAAAAGGGUCACUUUGAGUAUCCACCAUACAACCAACAAACGAUAAGAAGUGUCUACCAUGUAAGAAACAUUGAAGUCUUCAAGCUCAAGCAGCUAAAACAGCCUAUGGAUGUAUUUAUGUCCCACGACUGGCCCAGAAGUAUAUAUCAUUAUGGAGACAAGAAAUUGCUGCUUAGGAAAAAAUCCUUCUUCCGCCAAGAAGUGGAGAGUAAUACAUUGGGAAGUCCUGCUGCUUCAGAGCUUCUGGAGCACUUGAAACCAACCUAUUGGUUCGCUGCACACCUACAUGUGAAGUUUGCUGCUUUCAUGCAGCACCAGGCCAAUGGCAGUGGGAAACAGCCAAAAGCAACAAAAUUUCUGGCCCUGGAUAAAUGCCUGCCCCACAGAGACUUCCUACAGAUUGUAGAGAUUGAGCAUGACCCAAGUGCAUCUGACUGCCUGGAAUAUGACCCUGAAUGGAUUGCUGUUCUUAAAGCUACAAACAAUCUUGUUAAUGUGUCUCCAAAUUCCUGGAAUAUGCCUGAAAACAAUGGACUCCAUGCAAAAUGGGACUACAGUGUCACAGAAGAAGACAUCAAGGCGGUUUUGGAAGAGGCGAACCACGACCUUAAGGUUCCACAUAACUUCAGUACCACAGUUCCCUGUUAUAACUCAAACAAAUCCCAGGAGCACAGAGAACCCGUUCAUCAAAUCAAUCCCCAGACGACCGAGUUUUGUGCCCGGUUUGCCCUCUUGGACAUUAAUGGCCGAAUCCAACAACUGAGAGAGGAGCACGGAGAUGAGGAUGAUGAUGAUGAGGAGGAGGUAGACAGUACUGGAUCAGCAGAGGAGCCCAGUGACUAUAAUACAGACGUUUCUGGCUUGUCCUCUUCUAUCAACCCUGAUGAAAUAAUACUGGAUGAAGACAGCGAUGGUGAAGAAGAGCCAGGCAGCUGCCCAGUGGACUCGUCUGCCAACCACCCUUCUGACGUCUCAACAACUUUUUCCGACAUCCGGGUCACGCCAGGUUCCAUGGCUGUGUCGCCGAAUGAUACUGUAGAAAGUGAUGAACUGGAGAAAUCGAGUGAGAGAAACCAGCCAGAAGAGGUGAUCCCCAGUGAAACGGCCUUGAAGCGGCUAAGUGACACAAGUGAAGAAGGAAAGGGUGGGCCAAAGAAAAUUAAAAGGCGGAACCAGGCUAUCUAUGCUUCCAAAGAUGAAGAUGAGGUGGAAUGAGACAACCCCUUUGUUGACACUAUAGGCAGGAUCUUUGAUUGCUAUUCCUGUUCAACUUUUGGUGCGGGUC